AUGCGUGUUGUUGUCGGAUCGCGUACUGAAAUACUAGAUAUUGUUCCAGAAUGGCCAGGGAGUGAGCAUGAUAGCCGAAUAUUUCAAAACUCACGCAUAUACAGCGCUCAAAAAGGACGCGAAUUAAGACUCGUCGGAGAUGCUGGAUACCCUUCGUUGCCAUUUUUGCUUACGCCGAUUAAUAAUCCUGUUACCGAUGAAGAAAUAAGUUACAACGUAAUCUAUAAUAGGACAAGAGGAAUUAUUGAGAGGACUUUCGGCGUUUGGAAACGCAGAUUUCCGUGCUUAUCCAAAGGAUUGAGCACAAAAUUACUAAUAUCCACAACAAUUGUUGUAGCAUGUGCUGUUUUGCAAAAUUUAACAUUGAGUUUAAAUGAUUAUUUGGAAGAAGAAGCUGAAGUAGAAACUGAAAAUAUAAAUAUCGAAGUUCCAGUUUCUCAACCUCACUGCUAACCUGGAUAUGGUUAAUUUAUAAGAAAUGCUUUAAUUGAACGGCUUUUUAGAUAG